UUCCGUAACAAUGAGUCGUUUCUUUGCAACUGGAUCAGACUCCGAGUCCGAUACCUCAAUCGAAGAGGAGCAGGUUCAACGAGCACCAGCGGCAGCAUUUACAUUCAGCGACGAUGAAGAAGAAACAAAACGAGUUGUCAGAUCAACCAAGGAAAAAAGAUACGAAGAAAUUACAAACUUGAUAAAAUUAAUAAGAAAUUAUAAAAAAAUUAAAGAUAUGAGUUUCAUGCUUAGCACUUUUGAGGAUUUAAUGAAAGCAUAUCAGAAAGCUUUACCCGUUAUAUCUAAAGAAGAAAGCGGCCAAACUCCACGAUUCUACGUACGUUGUUUAGUUGAAAUGGAAGAUUUUAUUAAUGAAGUUUGGGAAGAUAGACAAGGUCGUAAGAAUAUGUCAAAAAAUAAUUCUAAAUCGUUAACUUCUUUGCGUCAAAAAUUAAGAAAGUAUAAUAAGGACUUCGAAGAAGACAUAACAAGAUUCAGAGAGAAUCCAGACGAAGAGGAUGACGAAGAAGAAGAUAAAGCCGACGAAGCAGAUUCAGAAGACGAUGACAAUCGCAUCGCUGAUUUUAGAAAGCAAGAGCCUAGUGCUCCGGAUGAUUCAAAAUUCAAAAAGGGAAUCGAUGAUGAUGCCAGUGACAGUGAUUUGGAUUGGGGUAGCGAUUCCGAUAACGAUAGCUCAAGUAGUUCAGACGAUGACAAACCCCAACACGUCGGUGCCGAUUAUUUUAGGAAAACACAAAAGGAUGGCGGUGACGAUGAGCAAAAACAAAUAAGAAAAGAACAUCGUAAAGAUCGUAAGGACAAGGAUAGGAAGAAGAAGCGGGAAGAGGAUGAUGGCGAGGGAGAAUGGGAAACUGUUAAAGGAGGAGUAGCAAUUCCCUCUGAAAAACCUAAAAUGUUUGCUAAAGAUGCCGAGAUCAAUACAGUUGCCGUGUUGAAAAAGUUAGGAGAAAUUGUAGCUGCGCGUGGUAAAAAGAGAACGGACAGAAAAGAACAAAUUGAACUAUUACACGAACUACAAUGCAUUGCUGAAACUCAUAAUCUUGGCGCACCUGUGUCAAUAAAAAUAAAGUUUUCCAUAGUUUCGUCGAUCUUUGACUACAGCCCAAACGUCUCUGACCCCAUGAAACCUGAAUACUGGACAAAGCUUUUGGAACGUAUUACCGAAAUGUUGGAUAUGCUUUUGAAUGCCACGGAUCUAAUUAUCGCCGACUCAAUACCCGAAGACGAAGAAGAGUAUGAAAAACCUGAAUAUAAGUUGCAUGGUUGCGUACUCACGCUAGUGGAAAGAUUAGAUGAAGAAUUUACAAAGAUUUUAAAGGAGUGUGAUCCUCACAGUAACAAAUACGUCGAAAGGCUGAAAGACGAAAAACUCGUAUCGUCAAUAAUUGAUAAAGUUCAGGAAUAUCUAGAAAGGAAAGGUACGGUGUCUGAAUUGUGUCGUAUUUAUCUUCGUAAAAUUGAGCAUCUGUAUUAUAAGUUUGAUCCGUCGGUUUUGAAACAGAAAGAAGGACAAGUUGCAUCGGAUGUUAUUACAUCGGUACAAGUGAUGGAGAAACUUUGUAAAUAUGUUUAUGCUUAUGACGAGACCGAUCGUCUUAGAACGAGAGCAAUCCUCUCGCAUAUUUAUCAUCAUGCACUCCAUGAUAAUUGGUUUCAAGCUCGUGAUUUAAUGCUUAUGUCACAUUUACAAGAGACUAUACAACAUUCAGAUCCCGCGACACAAAUUUUAUACAAUCGUACAAUUGCCCAUCUCGGGCUUUGCGCAUUCCGUCAUGCAAACAUUAAAGACGCACACGGCUGUCUGCUGGAUUUAAUGAUGACUGGAAAAGUGAAGGAACUUUUGGCGCAAGGUUUAUUGCCACAAAGGCAACACGAGCGUAGUUUGGAGCAAGAGAAAAUCGAAAAGCAGCGCCAAAUGCCUUUCCAUAUGCACAUCAACCUCGAAUUACUGGAGUGUGUAUAUCUUGUUUCGGCAAUGUUGAUCGAAAUACCCUACAUGGCUGCUCAUGAGUUUGAUGCGAGGAGAAGAAUGAUUUCUAAGACCUUUUAUCAGCAGCUCAGGUCAAGCGAACGUCAGUCGUUGGUUGGUCCACCCGAAUCAAUGAGAGAACACGUUGUUGCUGCAUCAAAAGCCAUGCGUAAUGGCAAUUGGACUGCUUGUAAUAACUUUAUUAUCAAUGAAAAAAUGAACGCUAAGGUUUGGGAUUUGUUUUAUCAAGCUAAUAAAGUACGCGAAAUGCUUACUAAAUUAAUCAAGGAAGAAUCAUUAAGAACGUAUCUAUUUACUUACUCUCACGUUUAUGAUUCAAUCUCUAUGCCGACUUUGGCCGACAUGUUCCAGCUGAAGAAACUGAUCGUAUACUCCACUAUCAGUAAAAUGAUCAUUAACGAAGAGCUUAUGGCUUCGUUGGAUGAUCCGACUGAAACUGUAGUAAUGCAUCGCAGUGAACCUAGUCGCUUACAAUCAUUAGCAUUGCAAUUAACAGACAAAGUUAAUAACUUUGUAGAUUCAAAUGAACGUAUUUUUGAAAUGAAACAAGGAAACUUCUUCUCCAGAGGAAAUCAAGGUAAUUUCCGCGAUCGUCAAAAUUACAAUAGACAAGGACAAGAUUGGGGACGUCAGAGGCGUGAUCGCGAACGUAAUCGUGAAGAUAAUAGAAAUUACUAAAUUUUAUUUGAUAAUU